CUCUCGAUCGAAAUUGCAAGGGUAUGGUCAUUUCAAUUAUAACUCGGGCAUUGGCGAUUUGUUAGAGAAAGAGAGAGUCAAAAGAGAAUGUCAAUGGCGACGAUCCGAUCCAAUCUUCUUCGCGCUGCCUUCCGCGGUGCCUCUCGGAACUCCGCUCAGCCUAAACGCGGCUUUUCGUCCUCUGCUCACGACGAUGCUCUUGAAACGGCAAAAUGGGAGAAGAUUACUUAUGCAGGCAUUGCAGCCUGCACCACUUUAGCAUUCUAUAAUCUAUCAAAGGGCCACCCCCACCAUGAAGAGCCCCCUGCAUACCCAUAUUUGCACAUACGCAAUAAAGAGUUCCCAUGGGGUCCCGAUGGUCUCUUUGAGGUGAAACAUCACUGAGGACUAUUUUGGUUCAAGGGGACAUCGAGCAUGGUAAUUCUACUUCUCAUUUGGUUCAUAUCAGAAAGACUUCGUUGACCCGUUUGGUUGGAUUUUUCUUUUUAAUGAUGCGUGGGCCAUUUUGCAUUUGUUAAAUGCUAGCAGGGUCCUAUGUGAAUGAAUCAUGGUUUAAUUUCUUGUGUUGUCAAGACUAUCCUUCCUGAUUAAUAAGCCAAACUUUCCACCAUUCUAAGGUUCAGUUUGCAUUAUGCUGUGUUUGGAUUGAAAUGUGAGUUUGUAAGUAAUAAUAGUAUUUGAGGUGGUGAUGUUUACUUGGUAAA